AGGUAUCUCAAAUCUUGAUUCGUCGUGUAGGUACCGUGAUUUUAGUUCUAAACUUAGGUUCAAAAUGAAUAAAUUGAAAGUAUCUGUAAAACUAUUAAGUUUAUAUUUUUCAAAUAGCUUUUUACUUUAGUUCAAAUAAAUGGAGAAACAAAAGCGGGAACGAAGUUCUAAUUUCACUCAAGAUGAAACAGACCUCUUGAUAUCGUUAGUAGAAGAGAGAAAACACAUUAUAGAAAACAAAAAGAGUGAUGCUACUACUUGGCAAGAAAAAAAGGAAGCAUGGAAAGAUAUUGAACGAGCAUUCAAUGGUUCUGUCUUUCGGGAUCACAAACAUCUAAAGCUUAAGUAUGAGGCGAUAAAGAGGGACACUAGGAAACGCUUCAGAACAAGUGAUGGUAUGACCAUACCUUUCCGGCUUACGAAUACGGAAGAAAGAGUAAAAAGGAUUAUUCUUCCAUCUGUUGAUGGAAAUGAUAAUCAGUUUGAAUCAGACUUCUCUUUGCCUAAUCCUAAUAAUAUUAAACCAAAGGAAGAUAAUACUUUUGUAGACAUCAAUAUGGAAGAUGAAAACCUUGAAAUGGCAAAGAUUCAGAAAGAAAUUAUGACAGAGGCGUUGGUACAAAAAAUAAUUCAAAGGAAACUUUUAGAAAAAGAACUAGAACAUAAAGAGACUUUGUAUGAAUUAGAAAAACAGCACCUUCUUAUGAAAAUAGAGAUAUUAAAAAAAGAGUUAGGGGAAACGUAACAAUAUCAGUCAGUGCUUUAGUUUAAGUAAAUUAAAUAAUUGUAUAAGGGUGCUAAGAUAAUAUUUUUACACCAUUCUACAUUUCUACUUAUACCGUAAACUAGCAAGUAACCGCGGCAUUGUCUGCGCAUUCAAAGGAAAUUAACUGUAAUAGCGCCAUCUAUGAUUCUAUCGGACUGCAACUGAUGCUCCAAACGGCUAAGUUCCCCCGGCUAUUCAGCUAUAUGAUAAAUCAGAUGGUAGGUUUCCAUUUUAUUUAAAUUUACCUAUCAUUUCAUCAUUUGAUUUUGACAUUUUAUAUUGAUCUCACUCCACUCAGGAAUAAAAUAGGUUAGCCGUUAGAGACAAUGCUUAUCGCAUAAAAUCUCUCUAGUCUAGUAACUAAGUACAUAUUUUAGAACAUAUUAUUAUAAACUGUAUACCAUACCAUACCCACGGGUAUACACUUGCAAUAAGCACCAAUGCUAUUACAAGUGCUAUUUUGGAUUUUCUUACCAUUUUUUGGCAAAUUCUUUCAAAAUUUUUGCAAGAAAAUCUAUUGUGUCUGGGACCGAUCGGGCCGCUUGGGGCUCAAUUGGGAAUUGCAGCAUUGAGAAAAUACCUACUUCCUGCGUUUUAAUUUAGUAACAGUUUAACAUUGAGGAAAAGUCAAAAUUUAAAACAACUUUCAGGUAGGUAGGUACGAGAUUAUAACCAAUUAAAUUAACAAUUAAUAAUUACCUAUCAUAUUUUUUAUGUUGGAUGCUGGCAAAAAAUAAUUAGCGUACAUACCUUAAUAAUAUAAAUACUUACGAAGUUUUACGGACGAAAUUAUCGUAUUUUCCGAUUUUUCGAUUAGUUCGAUACCUACUUAUUAUAAAAAAACAUAAGUAGGUAUAUGGUAGGUAUAUAGAUUUUCCAUACUGUGUUCACGACAAAAUAUUUUUGAUGUACCUAUUAUGUACUUGUUUUUACCACAGGAAUAUUACCAAAAACAUACAAAGUUGCAGCUUCAAUCUCUGGAAUGAAUCAUAGAAUAAAUAUUUAUCUACUGUGGGUCAAUGUUUUAGUAACUAAAUAAAUUAAGAUUGGAAAGGUUGAUAUAUUGUGUUCUUUAUUGUGUCGAAAAAAUUAGAGUAAAGGUUCGUAAUCAAGACUGAACUUAUUACAAAGGUAAAGCAAAAAUGAGACAAUUAAUCAAGGUUAUUUCGGUUCAGAAUGUUUACUUAAACAACCAGUGUGACUGAGUGCGGGCGGUCGUGCCAUAAAAAUCGGAAAAUACGAUAAUUUCGUCCGUAAAACUUCGUA